GUCGGCGGCAUGGCGGCGGUCGCGGCGCCGGCGCCGGAGCCCUGGAGCGCCGUGGCUCCGCGGAAGAAGCGCCCCGCGGGGAGCAGGCGGCCGCGGCGGGACCAGGGGCGGGCCCGCGGGGCCCGAGCCGAGCCCGAGGCGGACGGCGAGGCUGUGCGGCGCCGCCUGCGGGAGGCCGAGGAGGACCUGCGGAUCUCUGAUUUCUGCAGUUCAGCACUGGAAACCAUCACCCAGUGUCUUAGAAAACAGCUGGAGCAGCUGCAGGGUCUAACGGAAGCCCUCGGAAGGCUGUGCCUCGGCUCAUCACCUGGCGGGUCGGGAGAGCCGGUGGCCACGCGCACUUGCCCUGUGAAAUGUGUGUGCUACGGCCUGGGGAACUUUGCGUCCUGCGUCACUGCUCGGAGCCAGCUCGCUUUUAUGCUUCUCUUCCUGGAGAAGUGCCAGAUCCCCAGAAGCCGCUGCUGGGUCUAUGACCCUCUGUUCAGCCAAGCUGAAGUUUCAGUACUCACUUCCCUCGGGGUGACUGUCCUCAGUGAGAAUGAGGAAGGCAAGCACAGUAUCCAAGGCCAGCCCACUGUCUUCUACAUGCCACACUGUGGUACAGCUCUGUACAACAAUCUGCUGUGGAGCAACUGGUCCGUAGAUGCCCUUUCCAGGAUGGUCAUCAUUGGGAACAGUUUCCGCGGCCUCGAGGAAAGGUUGUUGUCGAGGAUUCUUCAGAAAAAUUAUGCCUACAUUGCGAAGAUUCUGAAAAGCCUGGAGGAGCUGCCACUGCCUGAGACCCCGCAGUACAUGGACACUUUUAACGACAUCUCCGUCCACUGGUUCCCUCUCCUGAAACUGGAGGGACUGCCCAGGGACCUGUGGGCAUCUCAGGAAGAGCCCGAUUACCAGGACUGUGAGGACCUGGAGAUCAUCAGGAAACAGACAGACUGAGCUCAGCUGAUGUAGCGGGCACUACCUGCCACCUGGGCCGGGAGCCAUGGUGCAGACCAUGCCGUCUCCUGUGCCAGGCCAGGAAUACCGCCCAGGCUGCUGAGAUCACAUCGCAUCCUGCCCUGGUGGCCGGGUCUCCCAAACAGAGACAUUGUUUGUAAAGUC